UCACUUCGGAUGCAUGCCCUGAAAUUCAAUUUUCAAAUAUUCAUUUUCGAUAUUUUCUCACCUAAUAGUAUGUGUUGUGGUAUCCUUCGAAAGACAUCAUCACACGACAUAGGUAGCACAGUGUCUAUGGAAUCAAAAAUGCAAAUUGUCAACUCUACUCCAACUAUAGAGAGUAUUUUGAAACUAAAAGAAACUCCGAUUCAUACAACAGAUCCUAUUCAAAACAUUACUCAUACGCUUCCAAAAAUUGCCCAUGGAGUUCCUCCCACAUUUGCCGGACUAGAACCUAGAAACGCUCCAAAUGUAACCAAUAACACUGUGCAAUCUUCAUCAUCAUCAUCUUCUCUUAAUGCGCACUUGGCGGCCAUGAUAAGACAAUACGACGUUUUUGCGAAAAAUGCGAAAAACAAGCCCGCCCCCAUAAACAGCAUCGAAUUGUCUCCUCCACAGCCACUUAAACCAACUGUGAUCAGACCGAUCGCCGUGAAUGGAACGGCAUGUAUUGGAAAACCGUUGAUGCCCAAUCAACAACUACUUCCAAUGCCUUCUACGACGUUGUCAGGGUCUCCGCAUAACACCCAAUUUCCAUUUCCAAAUUACCCUCACCUACCUGGAUAUGGAUGGCCAUUUCCACCGUUUGUGAAUCCAUUCAUGCCAUAUGUUCUUUCACCCCUCCAGUUAUCUCUACUUCAAAAUCAGUUAGGCAUCAACUCGCUAACAACAAGGACAUCUGCACAACAACCAAACCUUGACAAUUCUAAUAAGCGAAAAGCGACCAGUCCGUUACCCGUGGAUACUAGAAGCAAGCGGGUAAAAGAAAUAGAAAAGGAUGUGUACCAAAUGAACCUUCACCAAACAACACAACCUCAGGCAAUAAUGGCAUUCCAAUUCAAAAGUGAUUGAAUGAAAUUCUUAAAACAACAACAGAAAUACUUUUACUUUACAGUGUCUUAUUUUUCGCUAUUCACAAUUUUCAUUGAAAACACCCUACUAAUUAUUUUUGCAUUUCUGAUUGAAACAACUGAUAAUUUGGUGCCGUCUAAAAAUAAAGCAUUAUUGUUU